GUGGUUUGGCUUGACAUGAGCAGCUCCCGCCCCGGGUCCCCUGGUGUUCAAGGAGGCGUAGCUACCCGAGGCGUGGUCUGGUCUGGAUCUAACCACGCCCCCUCCCCGCGUGACGGCUCCACGCAGAGACCACGAUGGAGGCGGCGGCGGCGGGUUCGAGCGCUGGGUCCAGAUCGGGUUCGGGCCCCGCUCCAGCUGCGCUGCCCCCUCUGGACGCUGAGUCGCGGGAGCUGCUCGAGGCCUGGCGGGACCGGGUCUCCUGCGAACUCGAUACUGUCAUUGACUUCUGGAUCCGUCAUUCGCACGACCCCGAGCACGGCGCCCGAGGGGACUUUCAACCCAGGUGUCCGAGCGCUGACCACCCACCCUGCCCCCAGCGGGUUCUUUUCUUGUCUGAGCCGCGACGGGACCGUCUAUGACGAGACCAAGUACGUCUGGAUGCAGGGUCGGCAGGUCUGGGUCUACGCCCGUCUCUACCGCUCGGUCCCGCGGUUUCGGCGCCCGGAGCUACUAGAAGCAGCGCGGGCCGGGGGUGAGUUCCUGCUGCGCUGCGCGCGUCCGGACCCGCGUGUGCCCAAGGCCGCGUUCGCGCUGCUCCGAGACGGACGCGCGGCCAAGGUGCAGCGCUCUGUCUUCAGCGAGUGCUUCUGCGCGCUCGCGCUCGACGAGCUUGGCCGCGCCACCGGGAACGCGUGCUAUGAGGCGGCGGCGCGGGAGUGGCUGGAGGCGGCGGAGCGGUGGGCGCGGGAGGAGCCGAACGGGCCCGGGCGCCCCCCCCUGCCCGGAGACCCUCCGCGCCAGGCACUCGCCGUGCCCAUGAUGCUGUUGUACUCGGCGCUGCAGCUCGGCCACGGCCGCCCUGACGGCUCGGCCGGCGGCCGCCUCGCCUCCCUGCAGGACUGGGCGGCCCAGCGCCUGCGCCUGCACCUGCAGCGUGGCAGGACUGCAGUGCUGGAGCACGUGUCCCAGGACGGGCUGGAGCUGCCGGGGAGCCUAGGCCGACUGCAGAACCCCGGGCACGCGAUCGAGGCGGGCUGGAUGCUCCUGCUCCACGCGCGGGCCCGGGGGGACAUGGCGGCGGCGGACGAGGCCAUCGACGGCUUCAUGCUGGGGCCGCUGGAUGCUGGCUGGGACUCGCCCCACGGAGGGCUACUGGCCUUCCACGACGCCGACGGGCUCUGCCCCACGCAGCUGGAGUGGGCGAUGAAGCUGUGGUGGCCCCACGCCGAGGCCCUUGUCGCGCUUCUCGCCGCCUUCGCUCAUCGCCGCGACCCAGCGCUACUGCGCCGCUUCGAGCAGGUGGCGGAGUUUACCUUCCAGCGGUUCCCAGACCCCGAGCACGGCGAGUGGUUCGGGUACCUGAACCGGGACAGCAGCUUGGCCCUCUCCAUCAAGGGGGGGCCCUUCAAAGGCUGCUUUCACGUGCCUCGAGCCUUGUACAUGUGCGAAGAGCUUCUGAACGAGAUCUUAGCUGGGCCGUAGCGCCUCCCCUCUCGGAUACCUGAGCUUCUGGGACAUCGCCCUCCCGUGGGGGAUAUUGGGUUUUCCGGAAACCUGGGUCCUCUGGGAGUCCGCCUAGACGCCUGGGUUCCUUGGGACACCUGCUGGACCCCUCCCAGACAUCCCCUACCUGCUGGAUCCUCCCUUCCCCGAGCCCUUCCCAUCUGGUCGACCUCCCACUGCCCCGACACCUGGGUGCUCUGGGAGUCCGCCCGGAUGCCUGGGUUCCCCCCAGCUUCUCCCCACCUUUUCUCCCCCCAGCUGCUGGACCCCCUUUGACCCCUCCCCCACCACUUGGAACCUGCUGAUCUCUGUCCUCCGCCCUUCCUCCCCUAAUAAAUGUGGAGUCUGUCCUGUC